AUGGCUGCUGGGCUUAAGGAGUUGCAGCCGGGAUUGAGUAGCAGCCGGCCUGAAGAAGUAUCACGGUUGAAUUUGCAGAAGUUUGGCGGCCGGGUCUUGGAGUUUUCGAGAAGAAUGGCCAGGUGUGAAGUUUGGUGGCCGGGCAAGAAGUUUGGCAGCCGAGUCUCCAGGAGCUUGGCGGCCGAGUUUGCAUCAGCUGGAAGCUAG